AUGCUGCACGAAAAGGAUUUGUUUAUGCGUCACUGUCGCCAAAUACAGCUCCCCAUCCCAGAGACGUACAGUGUGGAAUCUGCGGACCAAACACUCGACAUUCUCCGAGUCGCCGCAGCAAGCAAUCCUAAUCACCGCUUCAUCCUCAAAACUGUGGGGGUUGACGAUGCGCAUAGGGGCGAUAUGUCUCUUCUGCCUCUCGGCAGCGAUGAGGAGACUGCUAGACACGUCACACGACUUCCAAUUUCCAGGCAUAAUCCAUGGAUCCUACAAAGAUAUAUUGCAGGCAACGAGGAAUUCUGUACUCAUGCCGUGGUCAUGAAAGGAGAUGUCAAGGUGUUUGUUGCCUGUCAGUCAGCCGAGCUACUGAUGCACUACCGUGCGUUGCCAGCUGAGGAUGAUAUGACACGAACCAUGCUGCACUUUACUCGAGAGUUUUUGAAACGCUCGCCUGGAGUUGAAGACUGGACCGGACAUCUCAGCUUUGACUUUAUGGCUGAAAAGGUUGCUACGGGAAAUGGCCAAACCAGAAGGCUGUAUGCUAUCGAGUGCAACCCACGGGCACAUACCGCGGUGGUACUCUUCGCACAGCGAGGCCGCGAGAUGCGUGACAUGGUCCAAGCUUACCUAUCAGCUCUCGACGGGGAGACAUUUCCAAAGACCAACGGCGUCAGCGAUGCGCCUAUUCCGGAGUCUAAUAACCUCUCUGCAGUGUACCCGCCUGCUGAUGCUCUACCCCGUUACUGGAUAGGCCAUGAUCUGGUAACCCUCUGGCUGCUCCCUACUUAUAAGCUCUUCAUUCGAGAACAAGAGCCUUCAAAGUACCUGCGGGUGGUCUUGGAACUACUGAAACACAUUCUAUGGUGGAAAGAUGGCACUUUCGAAAUUUGGGAUCCAUUGCCAUUCAUGCAUUUGUAUCACACCUAUUGGGCUGGCACCCUGUGGAACGCAUGGAUGCAGGGGAUAAACUGGAGUCGUCUCAAUGUUAGCACUACCAAGAUGUUUCUCUGCGAUUGA